CACACACACACACACACUCGCCUGCACGCGUGAAAGGUGCGACAGGCAGACAGAGAGAGAGAGAGAGAGAGAGACUCACCGGAGGACUUUGAUUUUUUUUUUGUGGCGUGGGACCGACCGGAGCAUGAAUUUGCCACCAAGACAUCGAUCCACACUUCUAGACAAACCAAGUGGACCUUCCCAGGGAAGAGCAGACGGAGACCGAUUUUGAUGCCACAUCUUCCUCCGCGGAGGGCGAUGCAGCCGCCUCUCGAGCCAUAAACUGUCACAGUUCGCAUGUUUGCAAAAGAAGACAAACAACAAGAACAAGAACAAGAACAAGAACACAUCGCUGGAUAUAUUUUCCGCACAGCUGGUUUUUGCGCUCGCGGUUGCGCACGACGAGCGCGCGCGCGUGUGUGUUGAGCGCAGGUUCCUCGGCGACUCGGGACUCGCCUCGCGCGCAGUUUGACUCCCCGUCAUGAGGUGCGGCGCGCGGACCCACGGACAGGGAGGCAGAGUGCCGAGGUCCUCUCCUGAGAUGCGGACCGUGUCCUGGCUCCUGCUUUUUCUCCUGGUGGAUAUCGGAGUGGCGCAAGUUGACGAUGACUUCAUCGGCCUCAGCGAGCUGCCGGAAACCUUCCCCUCGGACCCCCCAGAGCCGCUGCCCGUGUUUUUGAUGGAACCGGAGGAGGCCUACAUUGUCAAGAACAAGCCGGUCAACUUAUACUGCAAGGCCACACCCGCCACCCAGAUCUACUUCAAGUGCAACAGCGAGUGGGUUCACCAGAAGGAGCACACCGUGGAGGAGCGGGUCGAUGAGAACUCUGGCCUGGUGGUGAGGGAGGCCAGCAUAGAGAUCACUCGGCAGCAGGUGGAGGAGCUGUUUGGGCCGGAGGACUUCUGGUGUCAGUGUGUGGCCUGGAGCUCCGCGGGGACCACCAAGAGUCGCAAAGCCCACGUCCGCAUCGCUUACUUGAGGAAGACAUUUGAUCAGGAACCUCUUGGGAAGGAAGUGUCACUUGAACAAGAAGUGUUGCUCCAAUGUCGCCCACCUGAAGGCAUCCCCGCUGCCGAGGUGGAGUGGUUGAAGAAUGAGGAGGUUAUUGAUCCCGCAGACGACAGGAACUUCUACAUCACCAUUGACCACAACCUGAUCAUCAAGCAGGCCCGCCUCUCCGACACCGCCAACUACACCUGUGUGGCUAAGAACAUCGUGGCCAAGAGACGCAGCACCACCGCCACAGUUAUCGUCUACGUGAACGGCGGAUGGUCGACGUGGACAGAGUGGUCGGUGUGUAACAGUCGCUGUGGCCGUGGUUACCAGAAACGCACGCGCAGCUGUACCAACCCAGCACCACUGAACGGCGGGGCCAUCUGUGAAGGGCAAGGCAUCCAGAAGCUGGCGUGUAAUCCUCUCUGCCCAGUGGAUGGCCUGUGGACAGAGUGGAGUAAGUGGUCCACCUGUGGGACAGAGUGCACCCACUGGAGGAGGAGAGAAUGCAGCGUCCCAGCGCCCAAAAACGGGGGAAAGGACUGUGAGGGCAUGGUACUCCAGUCCAAGAACUGCACCGAUGGGCUGUGCAUGCAGAGUUCCUUUUAUCAGAAGUCCUCUGAGGCAAAAGACAAGAGUGAUUUUGGAAAUUCAUUGGCCCCCAGUACAGAUGACGUAGCUCUGUACGUGGGCAUUGUCAUAGCGGUGAUCAUGUGCCUGGUUAUCUCUGUCGUGGUGGCGCUCUUCAUCUACAGGAAGAACCACCGGGACUUCGACUCAGACAUCAUCGAUUCCUCCGCCCUCAACGGGGGCUUCCAGCCCGUCAGCAUCAAGACCGCCCGGAAAGCUGAGCUCCUAACGGCACCCCCUGACCUGACCUCGGCAGCGGCCAUGUACCGCGGACCUGUCUACGCCCUCCACGAUGUGGCUGACAAAAUCCCCAUGACCAAUUCCCCUCUGCUUGACCCUCUUCCAAACCUGAAGAUUAAGGUGUAUAACUCCUCGGGCUUAGUGACUCCACAGGACGACCUGGGAGGGGAAUUUUCCUCCAAACUGUCCCCUAAGCUGCCACACUGCCUGCUGGACAACAGCGACAGCACGAUGGGUCGUCGCACGCAGACCCAGACGUUGCUCCGCACCAGGGACCCAUCCUGCACCGCCCUGGGCUCCUUCAGCUCCCAGGGGGGACACCUCAUUGUGCCAAACUCAGGGGUGAGUCUGCUAAUUCCAGCAGGGGCCAUUCCUCAGGGCAGAGUAUACGAGAUGUAUGUGACAGUUCAGAGGAAGGACAACAUGAGGCCCUCGGUGGAAGAGGGUCAAACAGUCCUGAGCCCUGUGGUGAGCUGUGGGCCACCCGGGGCCCUGUUGACUCGGCCCCUCAUCAUCACCAUGCACCACUGCGCCGUGUUUGACGGCCAACAGGAUUGGUUGAUCCAGCUCAAGAACCAGUCGCAGCAGAGCCAGUGGGAGGAUGUAGUCGUGGUAGGCGAAGAGAAUUUCACCACGCCGUGCUACAUCCAGAUGGAUGACGAGGCCUGCCACAUCCUGACAGAGACGCUGGGCACCCACUGCCUCGUGGGCCAAACUCUCAGCGCUGCCACCACCAAGCGCCUCAAGCUGGCCAUCUUCGGCCCGGUCACCUGCCCCGCCAUGGAGUAUCACAUCAGAGUCUACUGCCUGGACGACACACAGGACGCGCUCAAGGAAGUCCUGCAGAUGGAGAAGCAGAUGGGUGGGAAGUUGCUGGACGAACCAAAGACUCUCAACUUUAAAGACAGCACUCACAACCUAAGACUUUCCAUCCAUGAUGUCCCUCACACUUUCUGGAAGAGCAAACUGCUGGCCAAGUACCAGGAGCUUUCCUUUCAGCAAGUGUGGAGCGGUUCACAGAGGAACCUGCACUGCUGCUUCACCCUGGAGCGGUUCUCUGCCAGCACAGUGGACCUGGCCUGUAAGAUUUGUGUGCGCCAAGUGGAGGGAGAAGGACAGAUUUUUCAGCUGGACACCACACUGUCAGAGGAUUCCCAGAGCAUCGACACGUCCCUGCUGGACCCGGCCAGUAACAUCACUACGCUGGUCGGGCCCAAUGCCUUCCGCAUCCCCGUCUCCAUCCGGCAGAAGUUGUGUGGCAGCCUGGAUGCGCCCCAGACCAGGGGCAAUGACUGGAGGAUGUUGGCCCACAAACUCAACCUUGACAGGUACCUUAACUACUUUGCCACCAAAUCCAGUCCUACGGGAGUGAUCUUGGAUUUGUGGGAGGCCCAGCAUUUUCCGGAUGGCAAUCUCAGUCGCCUCGCUCAGGUACUGGAGGAGAUGGGACGUCAUGACAGCCUUGUUCCUGCGAUGACUGAGCACUGACAUCUGCCCACCAGGGACUGUGGAAUUCCAGGGAGGAAGAAGACAUAAAAAGAAAAUAAGUGAGGGGAACGCCACGAAAGCAGGAGAGUCGUUUUGGCAUCACAGUGACAAAUGCACGUACACACUCACAGACCCUGUGUGUGUGUGUUUGUGUGUGUGUGUGUGUGUGUGUGUGUGUGUGUGUCUGUGUGUCUGUACACCCAAAGAAGUAAGAAGAUAAAAACAGCUAGGUCUGCUCAGCUAUGACCCAGUUAAACAUUGGCAACAAAGGGUGUAAAAACUGGGAUGGGUAAACAAGAAUCUGUGCCAGUCAUUUCUCUCUGGCUGUUCCUCUCUAUGGUAGAACGACUUGAUAUUUUUUUGGCUCUGGUUUCCUUGGAAUCAGCUGUCCGUUUUUUUUUUUGUUGGGAUGGACUGUACGGAUAUGUGAAUGAUGCUCUCUCCAUAGCCAAGAGUCUGAGUAUUGACACAGUGUCAGAGGUCAAAGGAUCCGAACGGCUUAGAUCGGAGGAAGCAUCUCUCACUCUCUCAGAAAUCUGUCUCCAUAGCAACUCUGUGGAGUAUGUGUUCUGUGAUGACAUUGUAUUUAAUAAUAUGUCUAUUUAUAUGUAUCUUUUUUUUUUGUAUUUUACGCUGCUUGUUAGGGAAUACUUUGUAGUGUCCUCACAGUUUUUUGUUGUUGUUUCUUCUUUCAUUAUGUUUGACUGUAUCAUAGCACCCCCUGGUGGACUCCUACAGUAACGACUCAUCCUGUCAGCCACAUUUACAUGUACAGAAGGAAAUCGAUGAUGUAACCAUUUUACCAUUUUUAGUGUUGCUGUUGUAACUAAUAUUAAUUAAUUAUUCAUGUUAUGUAUGAUUAUUGAUUUUCAAGUAUGUGUGCUUCUUUAGUUGCAAGUCUUUAAAAUAUCUUGAUAAGUUGAAUUGCUUGUUUUUUUUGUUUUUGUUUUUUUUUAUCAUUUGGGAAAUUCCACCAGUCUAUUACCCCUGUAAUGAAAGGCAAUCAACAUUUCAUUCCCUCGCUGAGUAAAAUUCCUGACUAACGGUGAUGAUUUGUAUGUUGUGCGAGAUGCAUUAAAGAGACCAGGCAGAGAUGACAGGUAGAAACUGUGGAGGAGGGAAUCAAAUGAGUAUAUUUUUGUAGGACCAAUGCAAACUGAAUACAACUGCUUUUUACCAAAAAAAAACAAAACAGCAUACAGUGUUAUGAGAUUGAAUUGAAUACACAAGUUGAUCAUAUGAAUGUCAAAUGUCAUUUCGAAAUGAGACGUUUUCCUGUGUUCAGAACAAAGUGACGUGUCAUCCGUAUAUGAAUUCUGAAAUCAGUGAUGGAAGCCAUUGGUAUUAUGAUGACACUGACUAUGUGCAUAAAGUGAUAGCUGUAAAUGCAACAUUCCUUUGAUUCAGCAGCACUUGUGAUUGUUCAAGUGGUCUUAAUUGAUUGUUCUUCUCUUUUUUUUAAUGGCAGUUGUCCCUGUUUUUCGUAAAACCGUCUAUGCAAACUUUGCAUCUUUUUGAAACAAUCCCUACAUUCUCAGUGGGCUAAGCCUUUGCAUUCCCCUCGUUGUCCCUCAGCUUCACAAUUAUUACUGUGUAUAGUGAGAAUGUAGCCUGUCUGUUUCUGGCACUCAAAAUGUCCCUCGCAACUGCUUGCAUUUCAUCUGUCAAGUUAUUGUACAAAGUGUAAGAAAGAAUUUUUAAGACUAAUAAUAAAUUAUAUUUAUAUGCAACAUUG